CGCGCUCUCGGGAGGGUCGGACGCAGGCGGCGGAGCAGCAGGAACGUUCCGCUCGUGGACCAGCAGGGUGCGGACGAUGCUUCGGGUGCGGUGUCUGCGCGGCGGGAGCCGCGGCGCUGAAGCGGUGCACUACAUAGGUUCUCGGCUUGGAAGAACCUUAACAGGAUGGGUGCAGCGAACUUUCCAGAGCACCCAGGCAGCUACAGCUUCCCCCCGGACUUCCUGUGCAGCUGAUGACAAGGCCACUGAUGAUCUUCCCAAAGACUGCCCUGUCUCCUCUUACAACGAAUGGGACCCCUUAGAGGAAGUGAUCGUGGGCAGAGCAGAAAAUGCCUGUGUUCCCCCAUUCACCGUGGAGGUGAAGGCCAACACGUAUGAAAAGUACUGGCCAUUUUACCAGAAGCGUGGAGGCAACUAUUUUCCCAAAGAUCACUUGAAAAAGGCUGUCGCUGAAAUUGAAGAAAUGUGCAAUAUUUUAAAAAUGGAGGGAGUGACAGUGAGGAGGCCUGACCCCAUUGACUGGUCCGUGAAGUAUAAAACUCCUGAUUUUGAGUCUACGGGUUUAUAUGGUGCGAUGCCUCGAGACAUCCUGAUAGUUGUGGGAAAUGAGAUCAUCGAGGCUCCCAUGGCAUGGCGUGCUCGCUUCUUUGAGUACCGUGCAUACCGAUCAAUUAUCAAAGACUACUUCCACCGUGGUGCCAAGUGGACAACGGCUCCUAAGCCCACAAUGGCUGAUGAGCUUUAUGACCAGGAUUACCCCAUCCGUUCUGUAGAAGACAGACACAAAUUGGCUGCUCAGGGAAAAUUUGUGACGACUGAGUUUGAGCCAUGCUUUGAUGCUGCUGACUUCAUUCGAGCUGGAAGAGAUAUUUUUGCACAAAGAAGCCAGGUUACAAACUACCUGGGCAUUGAAUGGAUGCGUAGGCAUCUUGCUCCAGACUACAAAGUGCACAUCAUCUCCUUUAAAGAUCCCAAUCCAAUGCAUAUUGAUGCCACCUUCAAUAUCAUUGGACCUGGUCUUGUGCUUUCCAACCCUGAUCGACCAUGUCACCAGAUUGAUCUUUUCAAGAAAGCAGGAUGGACCAUAGUGACUCCUCCAAUACCCGUCAUCCCAGAUGAUCACCCGCUCUGGAUGUCAUCCAAAUGGCUUUCCAUGAAUGUCUUAAUGCUAGAUGAAAAGCGUGUUAUGGUGGAUGCCAAUGAAGUCCCGAUUCAAAAGAUGUUUGAAAAGCUGGGUAUCAGUACCAUUAAGGUUAACAUUCGGAACGCCAAUUCCCUGGGAGGAGGCUUCCACUGCUGGACUUGCGAUGUCCGGCGCCGAGGCACCCUGCAGUCCUACUUUGACUGAUCAGGCCUGGUGGGGCUUGUGGCUUGGCCUCAAAUAAACCUAGGAAGCUUAGGGAUAAGGUUCACUCUCUCGCUUUAAAAACUGCAUGAACUGUAGUGCUUUAAACAAUCAUAUCCUUAACAGGGGUCUUAAGCCUGGUUUAUUUUUAUUACUUUUCUUCGAUAUAAGGAAAAUAACUCGUGCUAGGUCUUGCUCUCCACUCCUAAAUUUACUAUUUGGCUUGAAGCGUAAAAAUUUGGUGAAUGUGUUCCAAGACAAAAAUUAGUCAUUUGAGUAACUUGGCCACUAAUAUUUAACCAUCUACCUCUGUUUUUAAUUUUCUUUCCAAAAGGCAGCUUGAAAUGUUGGUCCUAAUCUUCAUUAUUUUUUUCCUUUUUGCUAGACUUUUGAAUGUUUGUAUCACUUCUUUUCUCUAAAUGAGAGAAAGAAUGUACACAGAUCUUAAGUAGAACUAGAUAAUUCUCUCUUUUUCUACUAGGAUUUUGAUAACUUUUAAUUUUUUGUUUUUAAAAAAAUAACAGACUAUGCAAACAUUUAAGUGAAUUUUCCAUAAAUGUUUUUAAUAUUCUCAUCUCAGCAUUGGUGAUAUUUGCUACUAAAACCUUUUCAUACAACUUACCUCAUUUCAAGUGAUUUAUUUGAAUAUCUUUUUCUUCUCUGUCCAAAACUUUACAGAAAUAUUUAGUGCAAUAGGAUAUAACUAUCAGUUCCUAUCCUUAAAUUUUGAUGUUCAAUAUCUAAUGGGUACGUUGUAUCUUUGGUAAACUAAGAUUUGUUUACAGAUGUGCAAAUUAUUUAAAAUGCAGACUUUAAAAACAUUAAAAAAACUAAUGGAGGUAAAACCUACAUGCGAUGUGAAAUAAUUUUAAUGUUGGAUAUUGCACAUGGAUUUUUACUCUAAUAAACUUUUGUGUUACAGAA